AUGUUGUGGGGGUUUGCAACUUUAAAAUGUCCUGCUAGAGAGUUGUUUCAUCGAUUUUCCGUGCAAGUAUUGGACAGAGAUCUCGAUGAUGCUUGCCCACAAGUUCUCUCAAACAUCGUUUGGUCAUUUGGAACAUUGGGCUAUUUUGAUGACGAAUUGGUCGACAAGAUUUCAUCCCAUGUUCUUGUAAGAGGACUAGAUGGCUUCAAGCCAAUGGAAGUCUCUAGCAUGAUAUGGGGUAUGGCAGCGUUGGGGCAUACAAAUGAGAGAUUGUUUGAAAAAGUCUCGGAACACGUUAUGAGCACCGGAUUAGAAGGGUUCAAUGCACCCAAGAUCUCAAUCAUCGCUUGGUCUUUUGCAAGGGCAAGGUUCCAGGCCGAAGACCUCUUCUCCCUGAUAGAGGAAUUUGUGGUAGAGAAGGGCAUGUCAUCAUUCAAUAGUCAAAACAUUGCCUGCAUUCUUUGGGCAUUUGCAGUGUUCGGUCGCAUGACAGAUGACUUGUUGGCCUGUGCAGAAGAGCAGAUUUGGAGUGUGGGGUUUUCGGGAUUCAGUGAUCAGAGCUUUGUGGACCUUCUGUGGGCUUUUGCGGCAUCUGAUUUGACUGGCACAUGCACACACAGUGGCGAGGAUACUGUCAAGUUGGCGGCUGCUUAUCUUCGUAAACGUUCGAUUCGAUCCUUUUCUCCUAAACAACUCUCAACAAUGGCGUGGGCAUUUGCUCGACUUGGGCAAUUCCACGAUCAGGCCUUCUACUCUCUUGAACAGGAGAUUCUGCGACGAGAUAUCAGUGAAUUUGAUACCUCGGAGAUGACUUUCAUUGCCAACGCAUUUCGUGCGUACAGGAACUCAAGAAACAUUGCAAAUAUGUGCAACCUGUCUGGCAUCGGUAUCCGUUUGUUGUCUCGAUUGGACGCAGAAGAAUCUUCUGCUACAACGGUCGAAUGCAACACACCGGAAAGCGUUUCCGAUUGUGAACUCUGGCCUGAAGAAACAGAGUGUGAAGUUUUCAAGAAGGGCGAAGUUUUCAAGGCAAAGGUGGUGGAGAAGCAUCACAAGAAAUGUGCAAGUGUUCGUUCAGAGCGACUUGAUGCUUGCAUUCCUUUCCAGGCUUGCUAG